CAUCAUUCGGAGCUGUCCCAAGGAACGUAUUUGAUUUUUUUUUUUUAAUUUUAUUUUUCAUUUUUAUUUUAUUUCCAAUCAGUAUUUAUUUCCCAGGCCUUGCGAGGAAAGGAAAAUUAUACGACUGGGCCUAAUUACUUACACCCUCCUCUAUCCAUCACCCCCGCCCUCCAUAAAGCGGCCACCGCGGGGGGUCUUGUACAAAGGAAGCCGCUCUUCACUCUCUUCCGAUUCUCGUUGCUGCUCACUUGGAAUCUGCAGGAACAAUGUCCAGGCCGGUCAGGAACAGAAAAGUCGUUGAUUACUCUCAGUUUCAAGAUUCAGACGAUGAAGACUAUGGAAGAGAUUCUGCUCCACCUUCAAAAAAGGCACGUGCAUCUUCUAGAGAAGUGAAGGAAAAAAGGUCUGGGAAAAAUUCACAAGAAGACAGUGAGGAAUCUGAUGAAAAGGAUACAAAGAAACCAAAAAAGGAAGGAGACUCUGCAGAAGAAGACUUUGGCAGUGAAGAUGACUUGGCAGAGGGAGAUGGAAAAGCAGAUAGUGACUAUGAAAGUCCAAAGCGUAGUAAAAAAGGCAAAAAACCUACCCCUGACAAGAAGAGAGCCUCCAAGCAAAGGAAAAGAUCUGCACCAGAUGACAGUGAUGAUGAAAAGCAACGUAAAAAUGUGAGACAGCAGAGGCAAGCAGCAUCUAAAGCGGCUUCUAAACAAAGGGAGAUGUUAAUGGGUGAUGGAGGCAGUGAGGAUGAAGAGCAGGAGGAAGAAGAUGAAGCACAGUUCCUGGAAAAGGAUUCUGGGAGUGAUGAAGAUUUCAUGGUAGAAGAUGAUGAUGACAGUGAUUAUGGCCGCUCCAAGAAGAAGAAAAAGAUUGUUAAAAAAUCUAAACCAGAAAGGAAAGAAAAGAGGGUACCUAAGCCCAGACUAAAAGCUACAGUAACACCCAGUCCCGUAAAGGCCAAAGGAAAAAGUCGCCCUGCUGCUUCAAAGGCUCCUAAGGAAAAAUCUUUAUCUCCCAAAGCAGAGGAUGAGGAAGAGGAGGAUGAUGAGCCAGUGACGCCACCACCAGAGAAGAAGUCUACCAGUCCACAACAGGAAAAAUCUGGAGAUGAUGUGUCUGAUGAAGAAGCUCAGUCCACUGAGGACUAGCACCUUUCAGGGUGUGUGGGGGGGACUUGGGGUGAGGGUGAUUGUUGGGGAAAUUUUAUUAAAAAAUACAAGUUAAAAAAGAAAAAAAAGCCGGUUGGGUUAAGAUCAUGACUUGGGCUAUUGCUUGACUCAUGCACCUCCAAUGCUGUCUUUCAUUUCUGUUUUAAGAGUUACUUGCAGUUUCUUUUUUUUAAAUAUUAUUUUAACCAGCAAAAGGUGAAACAUUUUUGCCAUUUUUGGGAUUAUUGAUCAUUGUUCCCAUUACCUGUCUGAAAUAAAGCCAUGCACAUUUUUAAUAAGUUGCAUUGCUGAGAUGUGUUUGGUGGGGGGAGGGGAUGGCAAAUGGAUUUUAUUUGGCUUAUUUUAUUUUUUUGUAAAAUGUUUUCGUUAACCUAAAAAAAUGAAAUUACCUCUUCUAUUCGUUAGACCCUCAGCAGCUGUUUGUUCUUGUUCCUACUGCCACUGCUGUCUAAUUUCCUAUGCACCAGUUUACUCACAAAUGAUCUUUAAUCCCAUGACACUAAUGGAUGAUUCAUUUGAAUAUUUUAUUUCUAAGUGCAUCUUCUUUUGUUUGUUUAAGGAGUAUAAUGGAUUCUGUAUGGUAUGUAUUCUUGCAUUUUAUCACACUUUUGCCACUAGCCAAAUCUCCGAUCUUUCAGCCAAAUAUUGUAUGGUCCAAUGUAUUUUUGUUUUGGCUGUGACCUGUUCUCUGCUGCAUUCUUCGUUACAUUGUGGCAGUAAUGUAAGAUAUAAUCCUAUACUCGUUAGGGUUAUUACGGUUCAGCAGCAGUUGGGUGUUCAGUUCAGACUUCUUUUGUUUGGUCCAAACCUCCCAUACCACUUCCCAUUGCCUUUAAAGGAAACAGCCUGACACUGCUAGUACAGGCAGCUAGAAAUUCAGCUUGUAUUCAGGCUGAAAACUACCUGUACUGGCACUGUUGGAUGGGUUUUCAUUAAAGUCCAUGAAAUGUAGUUCUCUGCUGCCUGAAAUAUAACAGCAGAGAACCUUCCCUGUUUGACAUAAGCCUAAAGCUGUUAAGUAAUGUGUGUAAUCUUUAGCAGCAAUAUUGUUUGGGGAUGGGGCUGCCCACAUCAUACAUUUUUGGUGAGUAACUUAAAGGAACAGUAAUGGUUAAAAAUGACUGCUGUAAUGUAACUGCCACAUUACAUACAAAUGUACUAGGUUAUAUAUCAAACCUUUUAAUCUGUCACUUUUGAAGAAAAAUUUAUGCUUGUGAUCUUUCCUGCAAGAGUUAAACUAAUACUGGAGGCUGCUUUAAAAGUUGUACCUUUUACAAAAGAAUUUCAGUUUUACUUUUUCAUUUUAAAGUAAAGGAUUGGUAUUUCAUUUUUAUUAAACUCUAGUAUGUGUCUGAGUGCGUUAAGGAUUUUAUUCCAUCAAAGAAUAAAAUUUGGCGACUUUACUGUUCCUUUAACCAUGAACUGUCAACGAGUCUUUCCUUUUUUUAAAUUGUAAUUAUGAGUGAAACUUGGUUUACAAAGUAUCAUUGCAGUGAAGCCAAAAGAACUGUGCUUUGUCACCUUUGUACCUUUAGUAGCUUGGUGAAAGAGAAUUAGCUAUUCAGGGAUUUAAACUAGAUAAUUCGAGAAAUCCAUUUGGUAAAGUUUGAAUCCACUGCGCAGGACAGGAACUGUGGUCAUUAUCUGUCAACUGAAAUAGCUAUAUGAGUUAUAUGAUGUGGUUUCUGUGAUCAAAAGCUAAAAGCUUGUUCCAAUGAGAAAAUAAAAUUUACAUUGAUUUUCAA